AUGAAUCCAGAAACUACUCAAGUUGUUCGACAGAUUUCAAAAUGCACCAUCAAACCACACAAAGUUUUUGAAGAAUCAAAACAACCACACUAUUUGACUCCAUGGGAUCUAUCUUUUUUCAAUGCACAUUACAUUCAACAGGGUCUUCUCUUUCGGAAACCCGCACCUUCAUUAGAAGAUCCAAACCCAACCAUAACCUUCAUUCAUCGAAUUAAACAAUCUCUCUCGAUAACACUAACUCAUUUUUACCCUCUUUCAGGCCGUAUGGUGACAAAAAAACAAGACAAGCCACCAUUUUAUGGAAUUUACGUAGACUGCAGCAAUGACUCUCUAGGAGCCGAGUUCAUUCAUGCUGCUGCAGAUAUAACCAUGUUGGACAUUCUUACCCCGAUCGAUGUGCCCCGAAUUGUUCAAUCAUUUUUUGCGCUCGAGGGAGCCAUUUGCCAUGACGGACACACAGAGCCUCUGUUAGUGGUGCAGGUGACCGAGUUAUUGGACGGCAUUUUUGUGGGAUGCAUAUUCAACCAUGUUAUAGGUGAUGGGACCUCUUACUGGAAAUUUUUCCAUGCAUUUGCAAAAAUCAAUAGGAGACUAAGCAAAGGAGGAGAAGGUGAUAAAAAUAUUGACUGCAAUAUUUCUCCUCCACCAAUAACUAAACGCUGGUUUAUGGAAAGGGACGGAGACUCAUUCCUCAUCAACCUUGGAUUCUCUCACCAUAAAGACUUCAUCGACCGAUACGAACCGCCAUUACUCAGAGAAAGAAUGUUCCAUUUCACUGCAGAAUCACUGGCAAAACUCAAAGCUAAAGCCAAUGAAGAAGAAUGUAACACAAAAACUACUCAAAUCUCUUGUUUUCAAGCCUUAAGUGCUCAUGUAUGGAGGUCAAUAACACGGGCACGUCGACAUCAUCCUCCUCAUGGAAAAACUGUUUGCAAGUUAGCAAUUAGCGACAGGCUGAGACUGAACCCACCUUUGUCUGACAACUACUUCGGUAAUUGCGUUCAAACAGUUUGUGCGACUACAACUAUUGGGGACCUAUUACAUCACGGUAUUGGAUGGGCGGCCUUGAUUUUGCACGAGGCUAUUAAGGAACACACUGAUGAGAAGAUCCGAGGAUUGGCCGAGGAUUGGAUGAAGAAACCACGUAUAUAUCAGAUGAGGCCAAUUUUCGACAUGGCUAGUGUAAGGAUGGAAAUUUCACCUAGAUUUGACGUUUAUGAUUGUGAUUUUGGGCUGGGAAUGGCAGUGGCUGCACGUAGUGGAUUUGCUAAUAAAUUCGAUGGGAAGGUGACAUCAUACCGUGGUCUAACAGGGAUAGGGAGUGUGAUGCUGGAGGUUUGUCUUGCGCCUGAAUCAAUGAGCGCACUUGAAUCUGAUGCAGAGUUUAUGAAUGCUGUAUCUCCUCAUGCAAUUCAUUCCGAACAUCUUGCCUGUGUUUGA